CUGCACUCAAGUCACCAUAUUUUUUGAUCUGCGUUGUUGCGCUACGCUGCUGCGAAGUUUGAGUCUGGUCAGGCUAGUACUGAAAGCCAUUGCAUAUUUUACACGAUAUGGAAUAAUUGUGUGGUGUAAGGUAAUUCCCCUGGUAUCACCACAGAACUGAAAUGCGGCCUAAAAGGAAUGACAUCAGAAUCUCCCGCAAAUUUGUACCUAAUCCUGUAGCUUUGAAAUCAAGCAAAAAAGAUCGGCGUCUUCGAUCUACAAGGAGUUCAAAGUUGAUUGAGAAAAAUGAAGACACCACUCAAACAUCUUCCUUUACUCAUAAUGACGAAGUUAGCUGUACAAAAGAUGGCCGCCUUCUUGAAAGUAGGAGGUCCAGAAAUGCUGGUGCUGCUAAACUGAAUUCCGUCCGGAAGUUAAAAGUGACUUCUGACUUAAAGCAGAAGCGUAGUGGUUCCAAUGAUAGCCGUAUACUUUUGACUGAUGAGAAGCGCAGACGGUCAGGAGCUGAAAACUACAUCAAUAAACGGUUUUUGUACGAUGUUGUGGAACCACCUAAGCGGAACCGCCAGAAAAAGUUCCCGCAUUUCACAGACCGAUCAACAGCUGCUUUGAUGGCUGUUUCAUCAGCUAAUCUACUGAAAAGACACAAGUCGAAGGUUGGCGUUUCUGUUCAUAAAGCAGAUGAUCAGGAUAUGUCUGCACAUGUAAGAAGCCGGCAUGGUAGACGUCUUAAACCGAAGCACGAGUAUAGUCCUUCUCGAUCGGAUGACGAGGAUCCUGUCACUGAUCACUCUCCAGUUACAGAUGCCAGUCGUCGAUCUAUGAAAAAGAAUAGGGUUUUUACACAAUCAUCGAAGUCGCGGCUUGCUGCACGGUCUGAUCAAGCAGUUUGGUCACGGAGUGAAAUUUCUAACAAAGGAUACUAUUCUGAUGAGAAUCAGGAUGGUGAACUGGAUAGAAUUCUUACUCCUAAAAGUUACUAUCCUGACGCAUCAUGUUUAUCAACCUACUCCGAUGUAUUCAACGAACUUCAAAAACCCGAGAAUCUUACCCACAAUAAAAUCUUGGAUAGUGUGGACGAAUACCGACACACGGAGUCAUCCAAAUUGAGAAAUCGCUUCAAUGUAAGACACGUAUUUAGUCCAAGUAGCAACCCUAAAGAAUCUACAAAUUCAUUUUCACGCCAAAAUGUGUUCUGUUCAAAUCAUAUUCCUGCAGAAGUUGAUCGUAAUUCUAGUGAUAUAAUUGACUUUUGCACAGGCUUGAAUGCUGAUCAGUUAACGCGAAUAAGAAAAACUUCAGAGGAAGCCACUGGACAGGAAGAUGACAUAGACUCUACGGAGUCACGUGGACUUAUUAAUAGACAAGUUCAGCAGUCCCAAGAUGAAUUAGAAGAGGACUUACUUGCUCCAGAACUCUCAAUAAUUACAGGUUCUUCCACUGUAGCUAAUCCUGAUGGCGUUUUGGUGUCCACCCUAACGGAUGCUGCAACAAUGUUAUCCUGUAAUUCAGUUUCGGGCAGUAGCCGAAGGAAAUCUCCCGUUAGACCAAUGCAGGUGCUCAGGACGAAAACUGCUCAUACUUCUACAGCAGCUACUAAUGUUUCACCGAAUAUAUUAGUUACAGGGUCCGAUAACAACCCGUUUGUUUUCACCUCGGCAUCAGUUGUUACAAAUCCUGUGUAUACAAGAUCGUCAGAUAUAGAUCUUGGCCAUGUUGGAGAUGUGCUAACAUCUGGGAUGUGUUCUGUUUUCCCUGGUAGCAAUACACAGUCGUUUGGGGAACCAAAUCAAUCCACAGAAAGCGGUUUUAGCGUGAAUAACUGCGAAUUGGAAAUUCACUCAAUAAAUAACCAAGCGCAUCAGAUUUUAUCAUCUGGAUCACCUCUUACAUUAACAUCUAUUACUUCUAUGGCACGAGUUCCUGUUUGUACUGAUGGUAUUAGUGGAUCUAAAGGGAAUGUGACUGUAUCAUCAGGCUUACUACCAUCACUUCUUACUCAGUCAAUUACACGUCCAGUUUCGGUCAUACAGCAGCCCAUCAUUUCCCGUGUUUUUAUGACCCCGAACACGACGCGUCCAGUCACAACUCCUGCUACUAAACCCAUAAUAUCUGUUCCUCCUUCAACUCUUGGUCCAAUUUCUGCUCGACGGCGUCCUACUAUUUUAAAACGAACCCCAGGAACAGGUAGUUCCGCAUCUUCCAACUCGUUGAUCACAUGUCGUCCAGCUGUCUUUGAAACAUCGGAAAGUGAUGCUGAUUUAUCAGCGUCACCUUCUAACCGUGCAAUUGGUGUAUUUAACUCUGGUACUUCUUCACAACUACAGAAACCUAUCAGCCUGAUAACUACUGAAGAGUCGGGAUCUUCCAGCAAUUUGAGUAAUGCAACCACCAAAUUAUUACAAUUAGUUACCACACCAUCAACUCCUUCAGAACGCCUAAAUCCGAAUCAAACUGCCAGUGAUCGUUUGUUUGGUAAGCGUCUUGUUGCGUAUAACAGAAAUACGUCACAAACUCCUAUAACAUCAUCAACCCCAACCCAGAAUUCAGUAACAACUUAUCAAAGUUCAACGUUAACAAAUACAACUACUAAUACUACAACUCCCUAUCGUUAUGCUGUUGUCCGAGGUUCUGCUGAUGGGAAGCAGUAUGUCCUAAUAAGCAAUCCGCGGUUAGUUGAUCAAACGGUUCAUGAAAAACCGAUUGUCACAGUGACGACAUCUGUAAAUGAUGCUACCCUUGAACCUGCCAACGUUUCAACAUCCCUUAUGGGUGAAAACUACAGCUCUGAACAACUUUUCCCUCUCGAAUCAUGUAUGUCACGAGCCUUUAAAGUGGAAAUCAAUGGUGCACACUUGAUUCGGACGAACUCAGAAGGGUGUUCCAUGCCUGGGAGUGAUCGGCAGAUCAGAACAAUUUAUACUACUGCUCAAGGAGUUACAACUAUGGCAGCUACAUAAUUGACAAAACUGAAUAAUAUUUUGACUCAUUUCAUUACCAGGUAUACUUUUGUUCAUCAUUGAAAGUUAUGUUUCUCAAGUUAGUCACUCUGUAAUUGUCAUUCAUUGUUAUAUAACCUUCUGGGUAAAAUAACUCACUUUUAUCAACCAUCUUGAACAUCCUAGUCGCUUAUUGAAUCAAUCGCCUUACCUCUUUUAACCUUUAGCUUUUAAUCCUAACUAUGUAUGGAUGUAUCCGCUCGUCAUACCUUCUCCUAUAUUUACAACAUGUCAUUUGCACUAGAAGAAUUGGUAUAUUUAUAUAUAUGUAUAUCCACAUGUAUGAAGAUAAGUGAGCUUAUUUUUCAUAUUUCCCUGAAUCUAAUCUUGUAUAAUGUAUAAUAUAUAACUUGAUUUCCUUUUUGUAACUUAUAUUGCGCCUUCAUUCUCUGUUCAGUCGUUUUCAUGUGUGUAUGUGUUUCCCAGCUUAUUUUUCAUGUCUGAAAAUUUUCCUCAGCUAAAUGAUAAUUCCCGUUUUUUCAUUCAAGGGAAAUAUAGUUUUGUACUGAAUGAAACAUGUUAACAAUUGGAAAGCGUUGUAUCUAUCCUUUUCUUGUUGUGAAUUGUUAUAUAAGUUAUAUUAAUAUGUGAUAUAAAAUAAUCACUUAAGAUGAAUCGGUUUUCUGUAAACUUUUGUUUGUUUUUUUGUCAUCAUUUGAAGAGAAUAAGACAAUGUAUAUAGUGAUGGUUUUCUAUGGUGUCCAGUUCAAUAACCAAUUGAAUGUGUGUGUGUUGAUAGUGAUAUUUUGUGAAAGUUGACAUGCAAGUGUUUAGAACUCGUACCAGAUUACACGAUGUAUUUUGCCACUGAUUUCACACAUACAUUUUGCCAAUGACACUUGAGGUUUGCUUUAAGUGAACUCUUAAAUUUAUUCAACUCCAAUAAAAUUGAAGUGAGAGAAUUCACUCG